GGCUGGGGGGGCGGGGCUCGGGGGUCAAACUUUUGUGCUUGGAGAGGCCCAGCCCCGUGAAGGAGAGAGCUUUGGAACUGAGCCCCGGGUGCUGUGGCUGCUGUGCCUCAGUUUACUCAUCUCUGAAGGGUGGGAAAGGGCCCCCGCCCACCGAGCCUCAGAAGAGGCAGACGGCCUCCUGCAGGAGGCCAGGGUCAGCUUCUCCUGAGCCCGGAGCUGGACUCAAUUCUGCUUCUGCCACUGUGGGACCUUGCUCCGGUCCCACCCCCAGCCUCCAUCUUUACCUCUGCAAAAUCAGGGGGCUGCAUUAGGCGACCUCCAGGGUCCCAGCUUCUGGGGCCCCGAGAGCUGCCCCCCCAAAAGCCUAGGGUCCAGAAGGAGCCCAAUCCAAGCCCUGGGAGGCAGAGGGGCUCAGCCUCCGGCCCGCCUUCUGGCUUUGUUACGUGGGCACCUAGGGGCCCCCCAGCUUUGAGUGAGAGGAGGGGAAGCAGGCUCUGGGGGUGACUUGGAAGAGAAGUGGGCCCUGCGCACUCCCUCGGGGAGUUGGCAGAGGACAGGCUGGGACCUCCACACUGGGGGGAGUGGGGGGAGAACACAGGUACCUUCCGGUCCCACCAGCUCAGGCCCCAAAUGGGGAAACUGAGGCCGCAAAGGCCCUGGGGCUAAGGACGGUCCUCCAGGAGCGCACGUGCUCAGCUUGAGGUCCCCCCUAACCUCCUCCAGCUAAAAAGGAAACCUCAGUUUCCCCAAGAGUAUGGGACCCCCAGCUUUGCAGUCCGGGGGGCGUCCCCGAGCCGGCCGGCCGGCCCCUGAGGGGCGGAGGCAGGGGCUGGCCCCUCAGGGAGGGUCGGGGCCAAUGGGAGCCCCUCCCCUCAGUGGGGAGGGGGCGGGGGCCCAUGUGACCGGCUCAGACCGGUUCUGGAAACAAAAGGGGCCGGGGCGGGAGGAGCCGGAGCGGGACGGUGGGCCGGGCAGGGGCGCAGGCGGCGGGACCCGGAGCAGGCAGCGAGCGAGCGAUCGGGAGCAGCGGCAGCGCCGGGGCCGGGCCGAGAUGCAGCUCCGAAACUUCCUUGUGCUCACCCUCAUGGCCCUCCUGGCCCUGCCCUCCGAGGCUGCAAAGAACAAGAAAGACAAGGGCAAGAAGGGCGGCUCCGAGUGCCAGGAGUGGGCCUGGGGGCCCUGCGCCCCCAGCAGCAAGGACUGCGGCAUCGGCUUCCGGGAGGGCAGCUGCGGGGCCGAGACCCGCCGCCUCAAGUGCAAGGUGCCCUGCAACUGGAAGAAGGAGUUCGGAGCUGACUGCAAGUACAAGUUCGAGAGCUGGGGCGCGUGCGACAGCGGCACGGGCACCAAGAGCCGCCAGGGCACCCUGAAGAAGGCCCUCUACAACGCCCAGUGCCAGGAGGCCAUCCGAGUGACCAAGCCCUGCACCCCCAAGGCCAAAGCCAAGAUGAGAGCCAAGAAAGGGAAAGGGAAGGACUAGACUCCGGAGCGCCGCCUGACCGGGGGGCUUUGCCUCUGAGGGACCCCCGAUGCCCCAUCCUUUCCCUCUCUUCCCCUUCCCAGCCCCGCCCCCCAGAACUUACUCCACACCAGGUGCCUUGUUGCUACUCUUCUCUUUAUCAAUCACAAAGCCCUCCUCCCUUUCCCCGCCAUUAUUUCUAGCCCUGCCCCUGAGCCCUGGGGGAGGGGGGGACCAGCCCCUCCCCUCCCGGCCCUAGCUCCCUCUCACCCGGGGCGGGAGCCCCGACUUCAGCCUAGCCCCAGGUCCUUGUUCAAGCCGCCACCUUGGUUAAAAAUAAAGUCUUCUCUUUUUUCCAAUAAAAGCCUUUUGUUUUUAAUAUAUAAAAGCUCCCUUCUCUAAUGGUUCAGCUGCGAUUUGGGGAAAGGAUGCUCUGGGGUUUGGGAGGGAGAGGGAGGGCCGAGGGCCGACA